AUGGAUUCAGAUCCACAAAAGCGGCCUACAUCUCAUGAUAUUUAUUUGAAAAUUAAAGAAUGGAAUGGGAUAAUGAAAGACGUAGAUGAAGGUGAAAUCAAAAAGCAAUUCUUAGAUGCCGAUAGAGCAAUUGAUAUAUCGCCAAUUGCGAAAAUUGGUUAUUGGCUUGUGAAAAAAUCCUUGGACUUUGUUCGACCAAUUACCAAACCAGAUAAUGUGUAUGCCAGCAAACUCAUAAACAAACAAGAAAUAUCGAAGGCGAUUAAAGGUUCUAAACUUGAGCUUAAUGAUGAUGUGCACCCAGAUAGCAUGUUGAUUAACUUGUGCAUUAAUGACUGA